UCAGGAAACAUUCGAACUGCUGUGAGAUAUUUUGUCACAGGACCCAAAGAAGCACGUUGAAAUGUUUUAGGAAGUUGUUAGCGGUUGAUACAAUUAAAUACUCCAAAAAAACCAACAGUAGUUAAAGUAAACACUGCGAUUUUAAAGACACCGUAACAAGUAGUCGUCAGUAACGUUGCAGUUUGAGACAAGCAUGGCAUCUUCGCUGGUAGUUCCUGUCAUUGAUGUCCAGAAUGAAAACUUUAAAGAGCUUUGGCCUGCUAUGGUCGUGGCUAUUAAAACGGCGUCCUUCGUUGCACUGGACACGGAGCUGAGCGGUCUUGGGAACAGGAAGUCCUUGCUGGCGGAAUCCAUUGAGGACAGAUACAAAGCUAUAUGUCAUGCAGCUCGGUCCCGGUCCAUCCUCUCGUUGGGAAUCGCCUGCUAUAAGAAACUUGAUCAAAAGCCUGCAGAUUCGUACCUGGUCCAGGUGUAUAACCUCAUCCUUCUAUGUUCAGAGGAGUACAUAAUAGAGCCCCAGUCAGUGCAUUUCCUGGUGCAGCACGGAUUUGACUUCAACAAGCAGUACGGCCACGGAAUCCCGUACUGCAAGGGCAACAAUAAGGGAGGUGCAGAUGACCGUGGUGUGCACAUCCGAGCACUGUUCACUGAGCUGCUGCGUGCUCGAAAACCCCUGGUGCUACACAAUGGUCUCAUUGACAUGGCUUUUCUGUACCAGAGUUUCUAUGCUCACCUGCCCGAGCGCCUGGCCACCUUUACUGCUGACCUGUCAGAGAUGUUUCCUGCUGGGAUAUACGACACAAAAUAUGUCACAGAAUUUGAGCUUCGACUCUCUGCCUCCUAUCUUGAGUACGCCUACAAGAAAUGUAAGCUGGAUAAUGGUCGCAGUGUGGGCUCUGGAACAACUGGACCUCAUGUUCACAUAGAGUUCUGUCAGUAUGCUGGUCACAUGUCCACCUAUGUGGACUACAGGGAGUGUCCAGCUGUCGCUUCUGUUGACGAACAGACUGACAUCUGUCAGCACUUCUCUGCAUUUGGUUGGUGUCCGAAUGGCACAAAGUGUCCGUUAUCCCAUGACACAGACCGCAUCAUCCUCCAGGACGAGAAAAAUAAGGAGGACAAGUGGAAGAAAAGGAAGAGACAGAGAGAGAAGAAGAGAAGUGAAGGAGAGGGCUCCUCCAUCUUUGAUGGUGCUCCGGAAAAUAAAAUCCCCAACAUGGAAGUGGAUCCAGAAGAUCCUCCAGGAGACCAGCGAGGGACAGUUGCUGAGAUGUGCCCCGAUGGUUUGCCAGCUAUGGACAGUGAUGGAAACACCCCACAGAGUGAAGGAAAGAGCUUGGAGACUGACAGCAAGGGGAACAGUGUGUGUGAUGAGAACGUAACAAUAGCCUCAAUUGAUGACAGCCAGAACACAAAAAACAACACAAAUGAUGGAAAAAGUGGCGUAGGGAGUGGGACAGGAGCAGGCAGAGAAAAGACGAAUAACCGCUCAGCUGGGAUUGAAACCCAGAAGAAGAAUGCUGACGCAGGGACACAUCGGGCAGGAUUUGAUGCCUUUAUGACAGGAUACAUCUUCGCCUACUCCUGUACCGUCAUCAGGAAGGAAGAAGCUAGAGAAGCAGACAAGGAGGAGGAGGAGGAGGAGCAGUCGUGGCUUCCUACCUGUCUUAACAAGGUCUAUCUGAGCGGCAAGGCAGCUCCUCUCAAUGUGGUAAAGAGUACCUUCUCCAAGUCGUCCAAGGCCCACAUGCAGAAGAUGGAGAUGGUGUGGGGCGGAAGGUGUUGAAUUUUGUCUCUCUUGGUUCGUAAGGAAUAAAUCCCACAGACUUGGACUUGAAUCCAGUGACCAUUGGGGAUGUUUAUUGUUUGAAAUAUAUUUGCUUGUAAUUGACCUUCUGUAAAUGUCAUGGUUCACCCAAAUCAGGUGGUCGCCAUACUUGGUCAAAACCUCUGUCCAGAUCAAAUCAAUCCAAUAAAUACCAGUGUCGAUAUAUUA